AUGACCUCUCUUCGUCUUUCGCUGCGAGCCGCUCAGUCUCAAGGGAUUGCUCGCAACUUCUUUGUCUCUCAACCAGCAUGGUAUCCCAACGUCUCUUGCUGCCGGUUUUUCGCGACCGCCAAAUCAAGGGGACCCUCUGAAUCUACCAACCCUCUUUCUGACGCGAAGUCGAAACCAAAAGCAACGACAACCCUUCGUCGAUCAGCUUCGGAAUCCCUUCCUAUUCGUGCCAAUCCGACACCGACCCGCGGCGUCAUCCAACCCGUCUUCACACUAGCAACCGCUGAGCGAUACAUCCUCUCUCGACUACGUACUCUGCCUGAGCUCCCGGCACGUGCACAAGCCCUCCAUGAAUCAUGGUGGAUACCCAAGUGGGGUGAAGAGGGCAAGGAGGGCGAGGUCUUCGUUUUCUCGAACGGGAGUAUCGUGUGCUGGGGUUUGGGUGAGACCGACGCGAAACGCUUCGCGACAGAGGUGAUUGACCAUGCGAAGGGCAUCGAGGUCGCCCGACUCGCGGAACCGGAGACGGAGGAGUUGGAAUUCGUCGUUGACCCUAUCGAGCAAACAAGAUUGCAGGGUGACCUGAUCAUCCUUGGACAAACCCCACCUCUGAAUGAGGAGGAUUUGCUACCCAAAAACCUGCCUCCAACGGCGUUCCCCCAAGAGACGCUUCUAGCUCGAUAUGCCUUCUCGCAAGCCCUUUCUCGCUCUACCGCCCUCUCGGUCAUGGAGGUGUCUUUGGACAAGUACCUCACCUCGAUGGCCCUCCUCCCCCAUACGCUGGCGCAGACCGGGAAGCCCGGAAUGGGCCGCACACAACUCAUCAAGAAACUAGGAGAACUCAUGAAAUUCAGACAGUUGUUGAAUCUCAACCGGGAAAACUUUAGCGAGGUACCGGAUUUCUAUUGGGCAGAACCUAGGUUGGAAGGUUAUUUCAACUCCUUGAGCAAUGCUCUUGAAGUGAAAGCCCGAACGGCCUCUGUCAAUGACAAGAUUACCUACGCUGCGGAAGCACAGUCGAUGCUUCGUCAAUUGCUGACAGAGUCGUCGACGCAUUCCAUGGAAUUGAUCAUAAUCGCUCUCAUUGCUGUUGAAGUCGUUAUUGCCCUCAUUAGGGAUGGUCCAGAGCUCUGGCAGAUGCUCGUCGGCGAAGAAGAGGAAAAGAAACCAGCUCAUGCCUAG